GUCUGGUCACACUCUACAUUCUAAUAAAAUCACAAAAGUGCACUUAAUAGCCCAAAAUAAUAACAAAAUAACGCUGUAGAGGCAAAUUGCUCAGUUAAGACAGCCAAUCUAGAGUGAAAAAACGCGAUAAACACCGAUUGAAAGACCGGAGAACAAAACCUUGCGAAACGGGAACGAACGUGUUUUGCUAGCCAGUCUUUUUUUUCGCCUCCAAAAAAACCAGUGAUUUUUUCGGGGGGAGGUGAAAGGAAACCCGAGAAAACCCGUAGAAAAAACCGCCUGAAAGGAGCGCCCAGUUUUGGCAGCAACUUUAAUACAACUCCCCGAAUCCAGAAAAAGAAAAACUAAAAUUAAACGGGGGCGUCUAUCGCUUCGGUGUAUUGGUGUGUGUGCGUGUUAGCCAGAACAAGUUGUGUGCGUGUGUGUGCGAGGGGUUUUUUGAUGUCUGCGCUGCUUUUUUUUCCCAGCCGAGGUGAGCACACAGGUGAAUUAUCGGUGCAUUCGGCUGCCUUGGCAACAGUUCCAUAAAAACAACAACCUUAGACACACAACCCAUCCGUGUAUCUACUUACCCAUUAUAAAUAAACCCAAACAAAACACAAUCCAACGAAAAUGCUACGUUUUCUAAGUCGUCGCAAGGUGCGCAACAACUAUGUGGAUAAUUCUCGAGGGGGCGGUGGUCCGGGCGGUAGUUCCGCAGUGGGCGGGGGUGGUGCUGCCAUCGCCAGUGGUUCGCAAAUUAAGCCACAGCGUAUCGUGGUCAACAAGAACAAGAUCGACUGCCGCGUCAUUCUGCUGGACAACACUGACCUUUCCAUCGAAUUAUCGAAAAAAGCGUUGGGCAGCUUUCUGUACGAACAGGUCUUCUACGCACUGGACAUCAUCGAAAAGGAUUACUUCGGGCUGCAGUUCAUGGAUGCCAAUCAUGUCAAACACUGGCUAGAUCCCACCAAGCCCAUUAAGAAGCAGGUCAAAAUUGGACCACCUUACACGUUCCGUCUGAAGGUGAAGUUCUACUCUUCGGAACCGAAUACACUCCGCGAAGAACUUACCCGCUACCUGUUCUUUCUGCAACUGAAACAAGAUCUUCUCGAGGGACGACUCGACUGCCCGGACGACAAGUCCACCGAACUAUGCGCUUUGGCAUUGCAGUCUGAACUGGGCGACUUCGAUAACCAGGAGCAUUCGGCGGCCACCGUUUCGGAGUUCCGUUUUGUGCCCGAACAAACGGAGGACCUCGAGAUAUCCAUCCUUGACGAGUACAAGACGUGCCGGGGCCUCACGCCCGCUCAAGCUGAGACCGCAUUCCUGAACAAGGCCAAGUGGCUGGACAUGUACGGCGUUGACAUGCACACGGUGCUCGGAAAGGAUGGCUGCGAGUACCACCUCGGCCUUACUCCCACUGGCAUACUGGUUUUCGAGCGAGAUCAAAAAAUUGGCCUGUUCUUUUGGCCCAAAAUCAGCAAGCUGGAUUUCAAGAAAAAGAAACUGACACUCAUUGUAAUCGAAGACGACGACGAAGGCAGGGAGCAGGAGCACACAUUUGUUUUCCGGCUGUACAACGAAAAGGCAUGCAAGCAUUUGUGGAAGUGCGCCGUGGAGCACCACACCUUCUUCCGGCUGAGGGCGCCCGUUAAAGGUCCCUCUGCACGUCAGAACUUCUUCCGCAUGGGCUCCCGCUUCCGGUAUUCCGGUCGCACCGAGUUCCAGACCACGCAGCAGAGUCGCGCCAGGAGAACCGUGCAAUUUGAGAGGCGUCCUUCACAGCGAUUCGCCAGCCGUCAGUCGCAUCUGUUGCGCGAAAGACAAAAGGCUUCACAGGAGUCGGCAGCAUCGGCGGUUGCCACAGUUAAUGCUCGAGCUGCUGCUGCAGCAGCGGCCGCAGCCGCAUCCCAACCAGCUCCACCAGUGCCUCCCUUAGUAUCUUCCCACCUAUCCUCUCCAACUCCAAGCAACGAUAACAAUAACGAUGCCUUCGACUCGCUCAUUUCCACGGAUCAGUUUAUCACUGUUACGCCCUCGCCUUCGGUGCUCACUGUGAUUCAGAACUCGGCCAUUAUUGAACCGGAUGCGGCCUGCAGCGGUUCCAUCAGUUCCUCCUCCCAGGCCGCAGCCAACUUUGCCUCGCUAGGCCGCAACUCCCUCAAGUCUAACUUCAGCAACGAGGAUCCGGCGUACAGCAAGAUUGGCUCAAUCGGCAAAGCCGCGGGUUUGACUGUGAAAUUGGAUCCAGAUUACACGCCACCAUACUCACCAAAUGCAACCAAGAACUUCGAUGAGACCAAUCCGUUCAGAAAUGCAUCGACCUCCCAUCACGGCAGCUUUGGCAAGGCUUCCAUUAGCUCCGGUCAGCUCAGUGUAAAGAGCGGCUUGUCGGAUAAAGAUAGAGAGCUAGACUCAUUGCUUAAGUCCAUUGUCAAAGAUCCAUCCCCAUCAGUACUAGCAAACGAAGCCAUUAAUGAUGCUAACAGUAUCAGGGUGACCAUUAACAAGACCUUCGACAUGGACCAUAACACGGAGACGCUGAAGCGGUUGUCGAACGCCAACGAGAAGCCUAACAACCAAGUGAAGCUGGCUAAUGUGAGCACCACGGCUCUGCCGCCAGGCAACAUCAAGUGCAAUAUCCUAAAGGCUCGCGUUGAGGAGGAAAUGGGGUCCGGCGGCAACGCCAAGCUCACCAAUCAGAUGUUUGUGCCGGCCGCCCACAGCAGCAACAUGCACACGAGCAACACGAACAGCAGCAACAGCAACAGCAGCAGCACCAACCAUCAUACACACAGCGAUGGACCGGAUUCCCUGAACGCCACCUACAUAUCAGUGGGAGGCGAUAAGCUGACGCUCAGCAUACCGGAACAGAAGCCAUCCACAAGCAGUAGCAGCAGCUCCAGCACCUCGAGCACCACCACCAACGCUGCCACCAAUGGGAAUGCAUCCUUUAGCAACGCCACCUUUGUGUCCGGAUUCAGUGCACCACUCACUCCGCCAUCAUCGCUGCCAGUGAAUCUCAAUAACACCGGAAGUGGGGGCAACACCACCCUCACCAGCGUGACCACGAUCAGCACGCCCAGCAGUCCCACCGCCAGCGUUUGCACCACCGCCGUGGAGUCAGUGGCUCCCGCUUUGAGCAACGCCUCGGCCGCCGAAAUACUCAUUAAUGAAAUAUUCAUUAACAACAUCAUAAACAAUAAUGCCAGCGGCAGUAGCACCGCCGAAGCUGCUGCCAAACCGGCGGGCAGCUCAACGCCCAGUGCCGGCACCUUGCUCUUCUCCACGCUCAGUGAGCAGGAGCGUCUGGAAUCGCAGAAAACCAACCAGCAGAUGAAUCAGAAUCUAAAUCUGAAUCAAAGCCACAGCGAAGUCGAUGCGCCACAGAGUGAAAAGAAAACCGCGAGCAAUUACCCGGACAACAGCCGCAUUCCGUUUCCGUCCAGCAGCAACAGCAGCGACAUGGUAUCGCCCUGGCUGGUUUCUUCGGAGGUAGUAUCGGCCCCUAAGGGACGCGAACCGACCAUCAUUCGCAAAUCCGUUAUUACAACCCAGUUGUAAUUAUUGUUUAACUGUAACCCCUUCUUUGCUUGUAAGCUAAAUGUUCGUAUUUAUAAUCGGUAGCUAUGGAAAUCUAGACAGAUGUAACGUAUUCGUAUUUUAUCGUAGACAAACUUAGACAAGUUUUAAGCAUUCCAAGCGAGAGCAACGACAAAAAGACAAUGAGAGAGCAGGUCCAAUCAAAAGUAAACUGUCCAUAAAUGUGCCUUAAUGAUCUAUAUUUAUAAACUUUACAUAUAUCAUAUACACUGAUAUCGAGGAACAAAAUGUGCUAAACCGUGUACUUAAUAAAGUAUUCAUCCGCUAACUGUAAGUGUAUAGACUGGAUUUUUAACAAAAACAAACGUGAUGAUGGGCGUUCUGCUUAAUAUACUAGGCUUAUAUUAUAGCUAAGAGAUGUGAGGACCGUUUUAUGUGCAGUAUUCCAAUUAACAACUAACAGACCACUAAGAACAACGAAAUUUUAAGCUGCAGCAACGAAAUUGACUGAAAGUGUAUACAAAUCAAAACGAAUUGAAUUGAAUGUAUUUGAGCAAGUAUUUUUGUAAUUGUUUUACCCGCCGGGGGUCCCAGAACCGAAAAACUGACUUACCACUCACCAACAAAAUGUUAAGUGCAAGCAAUCCACUCAAUUAUUUUUUGUCUAAGCAUACAGCGACGAUGUUGAAGCAUUUAAAUGUAAAAAAUAUUCAAUAAAAAGUGCAUUUAUGCAUUAUGUAUACAGUACAGAAUGGAAA